GGAGUGGUAUUGUCUUCUUGUUAUGCACGGAGUUGACACCGAUCGCGACAACGCUGUCUGGGAAUGCGGUCAUGCAUGGAUGUCAGGUGUAUAUACCCUAUAGCGCACUAGGCCUACAAUUUAUGCUGCGUAUAAUUUUUAUGUGUCAGGGGUACGAGACCGUGGUAUUGGCUUAUACACAAAAGUUAAGCUAGCCCACUCUGAACAUAGAUUUAUGUGUUAUCGUUUUCCACUUUUUACAUAUGAAGAGGCUGUGUCAUUCGUUCCGAGUAGGCCCUAUUGACUCAUCUUCCUUCCUUCAAGGCAUCUAUUACAUCGUGGCCAUGUAUUGUGGUUGCCAUGAGACACUCUUGUCGUCAACAGCGAGGCUAUCGGAGUUUAGAUGAGUAAAUCUUUGUAUAUUUUAUCAUGAAUAUAGUUUAGAAGUGGAAGUAUGGAACACACAUACACACCGCAUCGACAAAAGCAAACCAGGGUUGACAUGACGACACCCAACGAUCGAGAGCUUUCCAGUACAGGCGUCAGCGAAGAGGUACUGCGCAAACUUGCGUCUCAACUCGGACCCGACUGGGGGAAAGUGGCAUCGUUCCUCGGUCUGGCCUGGGCAGAGAUCAGGAGCAUCAGGAGCGACAACCCGCUGCAGACGGAGGAGCAAGCUUUCCAAGCGCUCAUCAUGUGGAAGCAUGGGCAGCCCCGGCACGCGGACCAGAUCGGCACGUUGUGUUCAGCCCUUUGGCAGGCUGGUAGAAUCGAUCUAGCUGAACGAGUGCAAGAGGGAACCAGACGCCAAACUCUUACGUAUGCAGACCGCCGCUAUCUGCAGCAGGGAGUAGUAGACGGGCCAAAAUGUCAUACUAACCCGGACGAGGUUUCGGGGGUCUACUGUGAGACAUGCUCAACAUUGAUCUGCUACGAGCGUACUGCUGUCGAUCACUACCAGCUCAAACAUCAUAUUUCAGACAUCACAACAGCUGCUCACCGUCACAGUUGCCUCCUGAGGGAGGUACUGCUCCCAAAACUCUGCCAAGAGAUCGAGGAACUUGAGGAAUCCCUAAAGGAGAUCUCCCAAACAAAGCAGUUGUUUGUUGAACACUUCCAAGCCAAAAAGAAAUUUGAUGCGCUAGAAGUAAUUGCUGAAGAGCACCGGAAGAUGACACAACUUCGAAGGCAGCGUGACCUUCAAUUUAACCAACUGGAGACCAGAGUGAGUGAGUUGUUAAGGAGGAAACAAGAAUCGCUUCUGACGGUCCGGGGGAUCUUGCACAAUGCUUCAGCUAGGGAUUUCCUGUCAGCCUAUCCGAAGAUCAGGAAGAAGAUAGAGUUUCUGAGCUCCCAGAGGCCACCUGAGGUGGACCCUGGCCUCUCCUAUUUACGGUUCCCAAGUAACCAGAGGGGCUGUCCUAGUCGAUACGGUAAGGAGUUGCAACUCUGCGGCAGGCGUGACAGACCGGGAGAUAGCAGCGGAGCCGGAAAGGGAAUCACAAUCUACGGGGCUCGAGGUAUUGCAAUUCUUGCAACACGUGAGAUCCUGGUGACAGACCACUACAACAACCGAGUUGUCGUCUGCAACUCGAGAGGUCAACCACAACGAGUGAUUCGAGUGUUAGGAAAACCUCUGGAUGUUGCAGCCAUUCCGAAAUCCGAUCGCAUUGUGGUAGUUGACAGCACGAAAUACGUCCGAGUCUUGUCGAAGGAAGGAACGCUACAAGCAAAAUUUCCUACAGUUCCGCCGAACGAGGUUGAAAAAACCGAGGUUAAUCUUCGGAGUGUUGCAGUAAAGCGCGAUGGUACCAUAGUUGUGGGUGAUGUCAAGAGAAAGGUUUGGACCGAGCACAGGCCGACCGAUGGGGCACUCAAGCGUACCAUGCCAGUCAAGACCAAGCCUUACUUCCUGGCGGUUGACAGCACUGAUAGGGUCGUGGUCAGCGGCAUCGUAAGCACGGUACGCGUUCUGGACACCAACGGGAUCACCCUGUUCAAAAUCAAGCCAAACGUGGAAGGGGAGAGGGUGAAGCAGCUGUCCGGCGUGUGCUGCAUCGGGUCAGACAUCUACGUGACAAUGAACAAUGGCGCAGAGCACACAGGACACAUCCACCACUACGACAGCAGUGGAGUGUUCGUUGGUUGCCUGGCCCAGGGAGAGCAGCUACCGCUUGGGAUGGCGUUUAUAUCAAACAGACAGGAGCUAGCAGUUGCCAACUGGUCAGGUGGCGUCAACAUGUACAAGCUUGAGGAGAGACGCCCUGAUAUCGGGUGGAAUUCAGUCCCUUGUACAAAGUAAAUAUAAAAAUAACCAUCAUAACUGUCAUAAAAAGAUGCAUGAAAUGCACACUGCAAAGUUAUUAUGAGAAAUAAGUAGUUCCCCCUUCCUCAUAAAAAGGUUGGUGCAGCAGUAACGUCAUUACCCAUCUGUCUGCCCGUAUGCAACAAUCUGACAUUCAAAAAGCUGAGGGACCUGCCUCCCGCCCCCGGAGAAUUCCUUAAUUUACUCCUAACAAAUAAAUCAUCAUUUGCACCUUACUCUGCAUUGCACCUUAUUGUGCAAUGGAUUUCUUCCCGCAUAUAAAACGCAGGCUUACACGUUUAGGUUAGUGCAAAGGCCGUGGUGUAUAAUUAGGUCAGAUUACUGCAUUGUGGGUAAGAAAUGUAAGCAUAUAAUGUGCAGAUGCCUCAUGCUGGCAAAGUGAGCAGCUAACCAACAGAUUAAGAAGGUUCAUACACGCGAGAUAACCACACCGGUCAAGACAAGAGUAGAACAGGUGAGGGAAUGUCAAGUUAAAAGAAGUGGUAGUUUGCCCUUCAACCAGCGACCCUUUAUAUACUUAGACAGUUUCAAAUUUAUCAUUUACCAUAACAGUCCUCAAUCCUCCACCUGUUGGAGGACUGAGGACUGUUAGGGUUAAGGGACAUUUCCAUAAUAUAGUUGAAUAGAUUAUUUAGGCAAUUUAUUUGUAAACAAUACUGACUUCCAAACAAGCUUAUAAUUAACCGUGCGUUCUUGUAACCAUUCUAAACAUCGUUUAAUCGGCGAGCUUCUUCAGCUGUGCUUGAGAAGAUAUCGAAUACAAUGCACCAGGACCCGUGCUAUAGGGAAAUGCAUACAUUUACACCAGUCUGACGUUCCUGGUAUUUUCGCACAUCUGGUGUUCUUUGUUCUGCACGCGGAUUUUUAUCUGUACGUUUUUGAAUAAGUAAUCGCAAAUAGCAUUAUUCACCGAUCUGCCGAUUACAAUACAGGCGUCUCUCCUCCAAAGUGACAGGUAGUAUAAUACUGAGGGGGCUUGCGUGAGUUUUAGAUGUAUCUUACAAAUUGUUCUUGGCAGCCAUUUUUCUGGUAUGAGCUUUUGUUCCACAGGGACACACGAGCAGACCUGUUGUGAUAUCCCAUCGCAACAAAAGCAGUCACCAGAAACAUGGCUGCCAAGCAGAACCUCUGUUCAAGCGGCUUGGCAAAUACAGAAUCAGCACCAGGCGUGUCAACUUGUCUUGUUUACUCAGAGUUUAUUUCCUUGGUAAAAGCUGUGAGUUCAGGUGCAACCCGAUUUUCUUUUUGGAAAGCUGAGGACGUUUGAAAUUUCUCGUCGUGGAAUCAAAGAUCGAUAUGUUCAGGAAAAAAAUAUUGUCACAAAACAUACCUUCAAAAAAUACAAUAUUUUAAGUUAAAUUAUGCAUUUCUUGUAUUUUAUAUUGUGUUUGUUGGUGUUUUGUUUAAUAUAGUUAGAGUUAAUACUGUACUGCCUUUAGUCAUUUCAGGAUAAAAGGCUGAUCAAAUGA